AUCCUGUCAAAAUUCGCUAUCGAGAAGGAACGUGUUGCGCGCGAACAGCAUGAUCCUGUGUCGGCCGCGUUUGUACCGAUCGUUCGGCAGUUGGGUAAACACGAAACAGCUGAUCCACAGAGCAGAGAUGUCCACGGCCGAACAAGCAGUCAGCAAGCCGCAAUGGCAGGACGAAAAGAAGAAGUUCCUGUCGCUGGCGAUGCACGACAAGAGGAAGGUGUACAGAUGCGGAUCGAAGUUCUUCACCUUGAGCGACAUCAAGACCUGGCACGACUUCGUCCUCGACUACAAGAAACUGGCGCCGAAGAUACCGCUGCUACCUAACCACAAACUCGACCAGAACGUUAACAUCGAGCUGACCAAGAAGGUAUCCAUCUACCGCGGCGACAUCACCACCUUGGAGGUGGAUGCUAUAGUAAAUGCGGCCAACAAGAGUCUCGAAGGAGGCGGCGGCGUCGAUGGGGCUAUACACAGGGCGGCGGGUCCGUUCCUUCUCGCGGAGAACCGAACCCUCGGGGGAUGCGAAGUAGGCGAAGCCAAACUGUCAGGAGGUUAUCAACUACCAGCCAAAUACGUGAUUUCCACUGUUGGACCACGCGGCGAAAAGCCCGAUUUUUUGCGUAAUUGCUACAAGAACAGUCUAGAUCUGUUGGUCGAGAAGCAAUUGCAUUCAAUCGCUUUCCCGUGCAUCUCCACUGGUAUCUACGGUUAUCCUCUGAAGCCUGCAGCGCACGUCGCCGUGAUGGCCGUGCGUAAGCACCUGGAGGAGAAUUUCGCACAGAUCGAGAGAGUCAUCUUCUGCUUAUUCUCGGAGACUGACGAGGAAAUCUACCAGGGAAUCCUGCAGUCCUAUUUCCCUCUCAACUAGAGGACGAGAGCUUUACCAUAUUCAGAAGACAUACCAUUUAAUUUUCCUUUAGUUAUUGUUUUUGAAAUCUUCAGACUUAUUUCUUUCUU